AUGACGACGACUUCGCCCCUCCUAAGCCGGAGGGCGCCUGCGGUGAGCGUCUCUCAAGCAAAAAAUGAGACACACGCGACGCCCCUCUCGCCGUCCGAGCUCCAGCCUCUGUCGUCUUUCACUUCUCAACACUUUCCGUCCUCCUACUCGUCGUUUUCUUCCCAGCCCUGUCCGGCUUCGUAUUCGUCCUUUUCCUCUGCGCCUCGCGUCUCCUUGUCUUCUUCCUUUUCCCCUCGCUUCGCCUCGUGUGCGUCGUCCUCCCUCGCCUUCCCCCCGCCUGCCUCCUCGCCAUCUUCUUCGUCAGCAGCUGCGUCGUCGGCUUGCCCAUCUUCGUCCUUUUCCUUUCCACCCUUCUCUUCGUUUGCUUCCUCUUCGCCGUCGCUCUCUGCUGAAGGGCACUCUGCGUGCCGCCAGCUGACGCCGCUCGCGAGCGGAGAGAGCACGCAGAGCGGCAGCGUCGUGUCUGGGCGCUCUUCGCUCGGCGCAUUGUCUCCGCUGUCUGUCUCAGUCCCCUCCUCCUUGGAGAACCUUUCUUCGCUGACAUCAGAGCUGACGACGCAGCCUGAGGUCGACGGCCGAGACCUCCCUGGGGCGGACUUCCUCGCGGAGAUUGAGCGCUUCGUGGCGACGGAGGAGGAGCGCGACGACGUCGAAUUCGAAGAAGAGGCGGAUGCGACCCGCGCGCAGGCGAACGCCUUCACGUUGCGUGAGAUGCAGACAUUCGCGGAGGCGCCGGCCGAAAGGCCGGCAUUAUUGACAGAGAAAGCGCGCAAACCCCUCAACCGUAGAAGCAUACGGGGGCACAAAAAAGGGGCUGUGCUGCUUCCGCGCUUCUCAUCUCCUCCGCUGUCAUGUGACGCCCUGUCAAGCCUCAAGGCCCCACCCGCGUCUGCCUUCAAAGACCCCCCGUGCCUCGCGGAGGAAGAUGACGAGCGCGCGCAGGACAGCCGCCGCCUCAAAGUCUUCACCGUCUGUUCGUCCUCGUCGCCGCGGUACUCUGUGUCUCCCUACUUGCUUCCUCACGCGCCUGCCUCCUUUCGUGCCGCGGAGUACCCGCUGCAGGACUUUCCGCCGGUCCCCGCAGUCGCCUGCGCUCUCUGCGCGCAUGCUGCCGCCUCUGCGGCGCCCGCGUUCUCUCCUUCGUCUUCCCCCUCGCUCUCGCCUGCGGGCCCCGCCACAGAGCCUCUCCUCGCGCAGCCUGCGCGGCCUGUGGAGCGCAGCGAAGAGACCGAGAGCGACGCGUGCCCGCGCGGCGACGAAGACGGCGAGGGCGCCAAGAAAGACACGUUCAUCACAGCCUCGGUGUUUUUCAGGGAGCAGCGGUUUUCCUCAAGCAUCUCGUGUGCCAUGUUCCUCCUCGGCGUCGGCGUCUUCCUGCCCUGGAACUGCCUUGUCAUGGAAAUGGCCACCUUCGACGUCGCCUACUUCCCCACCUUCCCUUGGACUGAAGCCGCGACUCAGGUUCGCACUGCGUGUUUCUUUCUUGGGCAGCUGCUGCUGCUGUGGCUGGGGCCACGUCUGCAACUGAUUCCGCGGACAGUGAGCACGCUGAUUUUCUCCAUCUUGACGAACGUUGCGCUCGCGCUCGUGGCGGUCUGCGUCCCCGAAAACCCUGCCUUCCACAUCUGCUGCGUGCUAAGCGGUAUCAUCGGACUCCAGGGAUCGCUGCUCCACGCAAGCGUAUACGUGCUCCACGCCGUCAUUCACCACGAGCUCGCCGUAGACUGGUCGAUAGGCGGCGGCCUCGCCGGCCCUCUGACGGCGCUGCUGGCGUUCCCUCUGUAUUUCCUUCUGCCGGCUUCGAAGCAAGGCCAGCGCAUCGGGACGGUGCUGCUCUUUAGUUUCUCUGCGCUGUGGUCGCUGCUGGCGGCUGCAGCCCUCUGUCUGGGCGCGCGGCACCCCCUCGCCUCGCCCGCCCUCCUGAAGCAGGAGGAGGAAGUCCGCCGGAGUCUGUCGGGCCUCGAGUGGACGCGCGCCACGUCAAGCAGACUUUCGCGGUCGCUCUCGUGGUGGGCGAGCGCCGGCGAAGCCGCCAAGGCGGAGGCGGGGAGGGGAAACGAGCCCGAGGCGGGGGGAGGAGAGGUCCGGACGCUCGGAGGAAACAGGAUGCUCACGGCGACUUCGCGGUUUCUGCGGACGCUCUCGAGAGGAGGCGUCAGGCAGAAGGCGAAGCGGCGCGGAAAGAAGGACCUGACGGUCGGCGAGGUGGCUGCGGCCGUCGAGAAGGCCGCGAUCGCCGGCGAAGACACGCCUCACAUUCUGGGUCCGGUGCAUGCCCAUCACGACGCGCGCACCAAGAGAUGGAGGAUGAAGGAAGGGGCGGAAGAGGAGCCUCUGCUGCCUCUCGCCGAGGGGCCUUGCUCGGCGCGUGGCGCGGACGACUCCCCGGCGCUCCAUUCCUGCGAAAAGGCGCUGGCGUCCUCGGCGUGGCAACGCCGCGAUGUCUUUCGGGCGAUUCGCCCGAAUCUUCUCACCUGCUUUCUCCUGUUUCUGUCGACCUACCUGAUCUACCCCGUCAAAACUGAGCGCCUCUGGCCGUCGAGCUCGCUGGACUUUGUGCUUUUUCAAAUGAUCCUCGUCGCGUGCUUCCAAGCCGGCAACGUGCUUGGUCGAUUCUGCGUCUUCUGGGGCUGCCGCGCGCGCUUCUCGUGGCUACUGCCCCUUGUCGUUCUGCGGCUCCUGCUCAUUCCCCUUUUCUUCGUGCUGGACGGCACACUCGUCCUUCCGUCAUCCUGGUUUAGCCUCCAUCUGUCUUCUCCAUCCUCUCAAAGCGCUUCCGCGCCUCUCUCUCCGUCGUCUGCCGCUGCCUCGCUGGCGGCGGCUUCGGACCUGGGGUCGCUGUCAACGCCUGCGUCUCACGCCUUCGUCGUGCCGCCGCCUUCGUCGUCCGCGGCGCCUCUCUCUGGGCCCCCGCCCCUGUCUCUGUCGGCGUCGCUAACUUCCCCCCCGGCGCUGCCCUCCACGGACGCCGAGGCCUCCGCGCGCUCCUUCUCACACUUCCUCUCGGCGAACGAGGCCUGGUUGGCAGACUGUUCGCUCUUUCUGCUGCUGAUGCUCUUCGCCACCAUGCACGGCUGGCUCUCCGUCCUGGGCGCCUUCUACGCUACGCAGGUGCCCUGCUCGACCCCACAGAAGGAGACAGCGGCCUACUUGAUGUGCGUCGCCGAGAGCUGCGGCGUCGCGGUCGGCGUCGCCCUCUCCGUCAUGUGGGCAUCGCUCACUGGGCACCACCCGCUCUCGCCCCACAAGGCCUCCGCGGUCGCGGCUGCGGCCCCGUCGGCGAACCCCCCCGGCGACGAAGCAGACUCCGCGUUUUGGUCAGAUCUGGAUGGAGGCGCGCUGGGCGGCCCUCGCGCCGCGAGUGGCGCCCGCGCCUCGCGGGCGCCACUCGCGGCAGGAAGCGCCGGCGCGGCACGUCUAGACCACAGCAUUGGCCUCCAAACUGUCCCGAAACUCGGGUGA